GGUACGAGACUAGUUCCCUCAUCAGAGUCACAGCGAGGCUGUGCAAGCGUUCACGAGGACGCAGUAAAGUUUUACCACAAAAACUCACGACUUGCGGGAUUUCGACUCGACAGGACAGCUAUUCAACAUGUAGCAGCCCUUCAGCAUUUCUACUGAGUCUUAAAAUUAGCCAAACAGGUUGGCUGAAGAGGAAUUGAUAGCAACGCUAAACAAGAGUUGAGAGAUUGACAGCAGAAGACCCCCUUUGAGACAUUGAGCACCGAACAGCUCACAGAGUCUCAAGAUGUUUGGUGCACAGAAGACUCCUUUUGGAGGAACAACUGGAUUCGGCACAGGUGCGUUUGGCACCAGUAGCUUCGGGGCCACCCAGACGCCGGCCACCGGAGGACUUUUCGGAGGCUCCACUGCAAACACCGGGACUGGGCUCUUUGGAGGCACGAGCUUUGGCACGCCGGCCACGUCGACGUCUACCUUCGGAGGGUUUGGUACGAGCACCACACAGACUGGAGGAGGGCUGUUUGGUACAUCUACGAGUACGGCCGGUACGGGACUGUUCGCCACCCCUCAGCAGCAGACUGCACCAUUUGGGGCAGCUAACAAGACAGGAUUUGGAGGGUUUGGAACCCAGACCUCUACUGCUGCCACUGGUACAGGCCUGUUUGGAGGCACCCAGCAGACGCCCAGUCUGUUUGGAGGAGGACAGACCACCAGUACAGGACUGUUUGGUGGAGUUGGAAGCAUUGGAGGUGGGACAAAUGGUACCACUGUGAAGUUUAACCCUGUGUCUGGCAGUGACACCAUGAUGAAGAAUGGAGUCUCCCAGAAUAUCCGCACGGCGCACCAGUGUAUCACAGCCAUGAAGGAGUACGAGACCAAGAGCUUGGAGGAACUCCGUGUUGAGGACUACCUGGCCAAUCGUAAAGGCGGCUCGACUGGGGCGACCGGGCUGUUCGGAGCGACCGCCACGCCGCAGACCGGAGGCGGCCUGUUCGGGACCACCACCACCACCAGUUCCACUGGCUUUACCUUUGGCAAACCUGCCUUCGGUACAGGUCAGACUCAAGCUAAAGGUGCUACAGGAUUUGGUACGCCCUCAACAGGCACCGGCCUCUUUGGACAGACCCAGACAACCCAGGCUGGGGGCCUUUUUGCCUCCCCUUUUGGGGGCACUGCCACCACUACCACGGCCAGCACGGGCUUCAGCUUUGGACAGGCUAACACAGGGACUGGGCUGUUUGGGCAGACUCAACAGAAGACGGGGCUGUUUGGUCAGCCCACCACCCAGACUACUGGACUGUUUGGAACGCCCAGCACAACAACAACAACUGGCUUUGGCACCGGGACAUUCGGCACCACAGCAUUCGGCACGCAAAACCAGUCUGGUGGUUUGUUUGGAACCAACAAAGCUCCAACCUUUGGAGCAACCACUACCACCAGUACAACUGGAGGACUAUUUGGUAACACUGCAACCAACACUGGCGGGCUCUUUGGUCAAAACAAACCUGGCCUAACUUUAGGUCUGGGAACAGGACUCACAGGAGGGUUUGGGACAGGAGGCUUUGGCACAACCACAACCUCCACAGGAACCUCCCUGUUUGGGCAGAAGCCUGCCAACACAUUUGGUGCUGGCCUCGGGACGGGCCUGGGAGCUGGGCUAGGGACUGCUUCAAUAUUUGGAAACACUGGUUUGGGCACUGGACUAAAUACAGGAACAACUGGACUGAACCUUACCCAACCAUCAGCUGCACUGGGUACGGAUGCAGCAGCCCAGCUGGCCCAGCAGGCCCAGAUUCAGCAGCAGCUACAGGCCCUGGCCAACUCUCCAUUCGGGGACUCACCACUCUUCAGAAACAAUGUGGCUGAUCCAGCCAAGCGAGCAGAGUUGCUGAAGCCCACCAGUCUGGCUGCACAGAAGGCCCUGACCACUCCCUCCCACUACAAGAUCUCCACACGGCCAACUGCCAAGAUCAAGCCCAAACCACUACAUUCACUGACAGCAGGAAAGUCCCAACUGUUUGAAGGCCUCGAUGACGAUGACACCUCCCUCAGCAAUGACACGUUUGUGCCCAGAAGGAGUGUGAAGAAACUCAUCAUCAAGAACAAGGCAUCUCCCACGGCAAGUGAAAUUGAUGCAGGAGAAGAGGAUGACCUACUGGCUCCUCCCGCCUACCCUUCAGACACAUUCCUGGUGGAGGACAAAAGGACAAGUGAGAGUGAGAAGGAGAAUGACCCUAUGGAGAACCUGUACUCCAACCCUGUCAAACCCAUCCCUGAAACUCCUGCCAACAAGUCCUCCCCAGCUCCUGACGACAGCAUCAUAGCUCUGAACCUGCGGCAGAGGAGCUGCAGUCCCGGCGAGGACAGCAUGGGGGCGCCGACGAGUGAUGACCAGGCAGAGGAGGAGGUGGAGAGAGAACCACACCCUGCUGGCAUCGUCCUGACAAAGAAUGAGUACUACACGGAGCCGUCCCUGGAUGAGCUGGCCAACAUGGUGGACGAGAACGGCGACUGCUGGGUGGAGAACUUUGUUGUUGGCCGAGAGGGUUAUGGCUCGGUCUUCUUCCCAGGGCUAACUAAUGUUGCCAACCUUAACCUGGAUGAAACUGUUCACAUCAGAAGGAAGGAGAUUACCGUGUACCCAGAUGACUCCACUAAGCCCCCAGAAGGCGAGGGUUUGAACAAGAAGGCAGAGGUCACCCUGCACUGUACCUGGCCCAUGGACAAGACAGCCCAUAUUCCCAUCAAGAGUCCAGAGCGCCUGAAGAAGAUGGGUUACCAGGAGAAGAUUGAGGUUGCCACAUCCAAGAUCGGUGCAAGGUUCCUGGAGUACCGACCAGACACUGGCUCCUGGGUCUUCCAGGUGCCUCACUUCUCCAAAUAUGGCCUGGAUGACAGUGAAGAUGAAGAGGAGAUUGUAGGUCAGGACCAGAAGAAAAUGAAGAUGCAGCAACAAGGAGAUCUUCAGAAACAGCAGCAGCAGAAAGAGAACCAGCCUCCCAGUUUAAACGGCCAGCCACCAAUCACAGAGAGGGUGAAGUCUGAGCAGCCAAUCAUGGAGCAGAUGCAGGAUGACAGCGACAUGGCUGACAUCAGCCAGGAGCCAAUCCCUGAGCUGGCUCCUAACAGCUCUGGUGACCAGGAUGCCCUGGAAGGUCUGUCUGAGGAGGAGGUAGUGCCGUCCUCCCACCGUCUGGCCUCACACCUGGGGAUGAGCGCUCACCGCAUGCAGGUCAUGAAGGCCUCCUUCUUCGGGGAUGAGGAGGAAGGAGAGGGCAUGGAUUACAAACCGACAUUUGGAGGCGUGAGUGGGAAAAGUUCCCUCCGUGGGUCUGCCCCUCCAUCUGGGUCUGCCUCCCCCCUGCCUCACAGGAUGGUAGAGUCCAAAAUGGACAGAGGAUCCUUCCUCGCACACACAGCCAGACUCGGGUCCUUAGGCAGCCCAGUACGGGGUCUGGGUGGAAUGUCUCCCUCACACAGCCCCAGAACUCGUAUUCCAAGCGGAGGCUUCUCCCCCAAGUUCUCCCCGAAGGUGGAACAGUCCGGGCUGUUUCCCUCCAUGUCCCGCCCCACGCCGUACCCCAUGUUCGAGCGGAACCAGGGCCUCCUCCUGCCGAGCGGACUUACCUCGGAGCUGGAGCGGCCGCGGAAGAUCGUGGGGAGCCAGCGCCAGCCGAUGCUGCUGCCGUGGAGGGAGACUGUGACAAGUGAGAAGCAGAGUCUGGUCGCCGACGCUGCACUCAUGAUGGGCCGGUCGUUCAAGGUUGGAUGGGGACCAAACUGGACACUUGUGAGAUGUGCAGGGCCUGAUAAAGAAGCGGAGGCACCAGAAAGGAAAAAGGAGACUGGCAUCCCCUUCUCCAUCCUGCCUAAGUCCACCCCCCGCCUGGCCAAACUUGGUACGGCCUCCCCCUUCAGUGUGAUCAUGGAGAGGGUCGACGUGGCGCCACACUUUGUCGUACAGGACAAGGUCACAGUGGCCAACCACGUGUCCCACCUGGAGGUGGAGUUAGAGACCAGCCUGUGCUCGACGGAGGACCACCCCUGUCCCGUGUUCGUCCCCACCCCGGGGGUCGCCGCCCUACAUCGUCACGCGGAGGUGGCCGGCAGGAACAGGGAGAACACGGGUGUGAGGCACCCUGAGAGGGACUCCGCUGACCAUGCUAGUCUGGUGCUGAGUCUGUGUGUGGCUCUGUGGGGAGACCUGCCUGACAGGGACAGGGAGGACGACAAUGGCCUUGACAGGACCAGCUAUGCGUACCACAUGGCCAGAAGAGAGGCCGUCUCCCAUUGGCUGAUGAACCAGGCUGAGGAGACCAUACAACAGGAAGUACAGGACUCCAAAUUCAAGGAGGGUGGGCACACGGAUGCUAUCUUCAGUCUUCUGAGUGGGCGGCAGAUCAGCCAAGCCUGCUCAUUGGCUCAGCAGUCAGGUGACCACAGACUAGCCCUGCUAUUGGCCCAGGCUGGUGGCAGCCAUUUCCCCAGGGAAGUUGUAGGGAAGCAGCUCGGUGACUGGGAAGAACUCAAGGCUGACAGGUACAUCAGUGACUCCAGACUGAGAGUGUACGCCCUACUGGCAGGGAAGCCAGUCUGGCCGGCCACUAAUGGGGAAAUCAACACCUGCGAAAACCUGGACUGGAAACGUGCCCUGGCUGUACACUUGUGGUACUUGUGCACACCUUCAGCCACGGUACCUGAAGCUCUUCUUUUGUACUUCAAGGCCUUCACGAAGAAUUCUGAGUUUGGAGAGUACGCGAACCCUCCCCUGCCGCCGUACCUGGAGCGGAGUGGGGACCGGUCGGGUGAUCAGCAGCAGGAGGAUCGGUAUGUGAUCCGGGACAUGUGCUACCACCUGCUGCAGCUGUAUGCCGACCGCUCCCACCAGCUAGAGCGCCUGCUGGCUCCCACCACCUCCACACCCAACCAGCUCGACUUCAGACUCAGCUGGCUGGUGUGCCAGGUGCUGCAGGCGUUAGAUUAUACACACCUGUCUGAACACCACCUGAACACUAUCCACGCCGGCUACAUCGCCCAGCUGGAGUCUCUGGGCCUGUGGGAGUGGGCCGUGUUUGUGGCACUGCACUUUGCUGACAACACCAGGAGGGAGAUUGUAACCAAAGAGCUGCUCUGUAGACACUGUAGUCUGUCAGAAGAGGAGGCAUAUUUACAGAAAGAACAGUUCCUACAGGAAAAACUCAGAGUGCCGGCUGUGUGGAUACAUGAAGCAAAGGCAUUGAGAGCACACUAUGAAGGCAAGUCCCAUGAUGAGGCCUGGCACCUGUUAAAGGCCGGGAAGUGGAAUGCAAGUCACAGGAUCGUCCUGAAACACCUGGCAGCAGAUGCUAUCAUCAAUGAAGAUUACGAGUACCUAGAAGAGUUCCUAGAAGAGCUGUCUCCCCCUGAAAGAUCUUCGACCAUCCAGGACUGGAACUUUGGAGGAAGGGUGUUCCUGGACUACAUCCAUGUUAACAAUGCUUUGUUGGCAAUGGCAAAGGGAGGUUCGAGCAGUUAUGACCUGGAGAGGCUCCAUCCACAGGUGACCUCCUUGUGUAGUAGGAUUGAGAACAUCCCCUGUCUCACACCUAAGGACAGAUUAUGCCAGUCUGAAAUGGCCAAGAAAGCAGCCAGCUUCCUGAGACUAGUCUUGGAAGGGCAGAACAAAGCUCCCACGUUGGAUGGAGAGUGCAUUGUGCCGUCCCACCAGUUAGCCCCACACAUCACUAAACUCCCCAUGCCUGAAGACUAUGCCUUACAGGAGCUCCGAGCUCUCACACACAGUUACAUGGUCGAACUAACAACAUAGCUGCACUACUUUGCUAAUAUACAUGUAGGACCACCCCUGGUACAUUCAUUCUUGACAGUAGUUCUCUAAAAGAAUAUAAGUCAUAUUAAAUUCAUGUUACAUUAUACGAAACAUGUACGUUCGGCUUUGAUGAUAAAUUCAAUCGAAAUUGGCUAACUGUAAGUGGAAAAAAAACGUAUCCAGCUUAUUUCUGUACACUGUGUUACUUUUUACUAUUGUUACUCUGAUUAUGUAUACAUCGUAUGUAAUUGAUGCUCAAGAAAAACCAAAGCCUCUUUUUGUUAAGUGGAUUAUAUGUAUUUGUCAUGUUGUGACAGGGACUGAGAGACAACUACCGUACUUGUGUAUAGCAACCUUGUACAUGUAUUUAGUGUGGGAAGUGAAGAAAUAAGUGUCAAAUUAAAAAUUCUCCUUAAGCAUCUAGUAGUCACCAUACUAUUUACAGUACAAUUUAUCAGAAAGAAGGUUAACUAUGCUAAAAUACCUUAUCAUAAUGAGCAACAAGGGAUAUGUUCUCAUUCUGUACUUGUUACAAGUUACAGCCGGCCCAAGUGCCAUUCUGUUUGGCUUUGGUAUAUACAAUGUACAUGUAAAGAUAGAUUUUUAUAUGCCUGAUAUGAAAGCUUAUAAUGUACUGCUUAUUGACUUAGUUUCUUGAAAGAUUCUGUUGAGACAAGAAUCAUGUAAGGAUAAUAAUCUGUAUGAUAUGGAUACUUUUCUCUGCUAACAUUCUUUACUUAGUACUGGAUAAUUGUACAUGUACUGUAUGUCACAGGGGUAUAUUACAAUCCAACAUACAUAGUUAUGUGCCAGGUGUCAUGAAGGAAGACAAAACUUUGUCUAGAAAUAUUGCAAAGUUAUGUCAAGUUUGUAAAUUACUGUUAAGCAGUUUGUAUCAGUAGUUUGGUUAUGAUUUACUCUAUCAGUCUUCAUGCUUCUAUCACGUGCAAAGCCUUUAGUUUGUUUUAGAUGGUGAUGUAAAUGUAAGAUAUAAAGCUGGCUUUCAUGAUUUGAUAUAGUACUAACUGUUUAAGGAGUAACUGGUAGAGACUCGUAGAGAACUUGUCCAGUUGCUUGAUUUAUUCAGUUGUACUAUGGGCAAUUCAUGGUAUGUACAAUAGUACUAUAUGUGACGUAUAUGAUGGAAAAUAAAGUUUCUCACCUAACCAUUGG